CGAGAGGAGGGGAGGCGCGCCAGCGGAAGCGGAAACCUCGGGUGUCGUCGACCAACCUCGUCGAUCCGGUUGCGACGCGGUGUGCUAGAAUAACUACCGACCAUGGUGGAGGAGGAGAUCACCGAGGGCUUGAAGAACCUCACCGUCACCGGAGACGCGGCGGCUUCGGGCGGAGAAGGGCAGAGGAGGGGCGGCGGCAUCAGCAGCAACCGCAUCCAGGUGUCCAACACCAAGAAGCCCCUCUUCUUCUACGUAAACCUCGCCAAGAGGUAUAUGCAGCAGCACGGCGAUGUGGAGUUGUCCGCUCUUGGAAUGGCCAUAGCGACAGUUGUGACCGUGGCAGAAAUUCUGAAGAAUAAUGGAUUUGCUGUUGAAAAGAAGAUCAGGACAUCUACUGUUGACAUAAACGACGAAUCACGAGGGCGUCCAUUCCAAAAGGCCAAGAUUGAGAUAAUCUUGGGAAAGAGUGACAGAUUCAAUGAGUUGAUGGCUGCUGCUGCCGAAGAGAGGGGAGAAGUUGAAGAAGGCGAAGAGCAGGCUUGAAAGAAAAAAAAAACAGUACCGACGACAAGCGGCUGUUGUUGUGGUCUGUUAGUUUUGCUUAAUUUAAUGCCAUGCGCAUGAGAGCUGGCAUGCGUUCUCGCUCAUCUACAUUGCCAUGGCAAUGUCUGCAAACUCAUGGAUUGAUGGAUGGAUGCUGGUUUCUUCCAAUUUUGACAGCUUCAUUUGUUUCUUUGGCUACGCAUGUUUUGCCAGUCUGACGUUCUCCUUACGAAAUAUGGCGUGCUUUGUUGA